UGUCAAAGGAGGCUAAGAGGAGUAAUCAUCUAAAGAUCAUUCACCACUAUUGCAUCAACGAUCAAAAACCAUUUAGAAAUUAGAAACAAGCAUCAAAAUCAUCCUCUAUCAAAGAUUCCUAUUUUUCCUUACAAAAUCUCCAAAUUUCCGAUUCAACUCACCAAAACUCUAAAAAAUCAACCUACAAUGUCUUCCCCAACAACCACUACACUCUCUCUCUUCCUCCUCAUUUCACUUUCUCUCUCAUCUUCAACUCCAACAGUCUACGACGCCAUCACGAAUUACGGUCUACCAGUCGGAAUACUCCCUAAAGGAAUUACAGAUUACCAACUCAACAAACAAACCGGAGAAUUCAAACUUUUCUUUCCAAGAACAUGUAAAUUCAGCAUAGAUGGGUACGAUUUGGAGUAUAAAUCUACAAUUAGUGGCGUCAUUUCUCAGAAUCGGAUUACAAAACUAAAAGGUGUAAGUGUUAGGAUCUUUAUUAUUUGGCUUACAAUCAAUGAAGUUUAUAAAUUGAAUGAUCAACUACAAUUUGUUGUUGGGAUUGUUUCUACUAAUUUUCCUCUUGAUGGAUUUUUUGAAUCGCCUACUUGUGGAUGUGGGUUUGAUUGUGAUGAUGAUAAUCAUGUUUUAGGGUUAAAUGAAUCGGUUUCUUUUUCUUGAUGUUGAAUCAGUUGAAUUUUAUUAGUUUUUUGUUUUAAUUUUAGCUGCAAUUUUAGCUAGGGUAAUCAGAGAUGUAUUUUAUCAGAUUGUUUAACGUAAUUUCCAAUUGUAUUAUUCGUUCCGAAAUAAUUGCUACCCGAUUAUUAUCACUA